AUGGCCCAAGCUUACGAAAACAAGUCAGCUGUUACCAUCGUAACAGUGGGACAUAAUGGGAGGCGAUGGGAUUGUACGUUAGAUACGUAUAUAACAGCCAUGCUCCGUCAAAUUUUUUAUCUUCACGCUAAACUCUUGCCACAAUGGGCUUUCUUAAAGAGCAAAGAGCAAAGUACAGAUCUUUACGGACAGGAAAGUCGACAAAGAAGAAUACCUAAACUACUUCGCAAUGAAGAGCCACUUCAAUCAUCCAGUUCGGCAUCUUCCCAACUACACAGUGCAAAAGCACUUCGCCUGCCAAUUCGAAAGGCUCUUCAUUCAGACAGCACUGUUCGAUCACAUGUUGUAACAUGCAGUCCUUUCGAAUCGGAUAUCAUAACAUCCGCUGUACAUCAAACAUGGUCUUGA